UCUUCGUCGACGAGCGUGCCCAUACCGAUCCCGUCAAAUCCAAAUGUUAUUCCCGGCAACCUACUCCCCUCAGCGCCAGCAUCUCCUCCGACCCCAGCUCCGUCUCCAACGCCUGGACGCCGUCUUCCAAGUUGGACUUCUACGAGAGCACCGUCUCUCGAUUUGCUUAUGAGAGAAGAUGGAGAUCUGGAUGACGCUGGAAGCGAAGGUACCCUCACUGUGGAUAAAGGCUUGAGGCUCAGGCAUAUGAAGAACCUGUUUUCCGACAUGAACAACGACGAACGCAAACGCAUCUUGACGGAGCUGUUGGGCGAUUGCGACGGCAAACUAUUGGGUUUUGUUGCCAAUUUUGUUGCACCUCGACUGAAGAGAGAUCCAUUCGGAGUUUUGCCUAAUGAGCUUUGCUUGAGGAUACUCACAUUCAUCGAUGAUGCCAAGACACUUGCCCGCUCAUCACAGGUUUCAAGACGAUGGCACGAACUGGUCAGCGACGACAUGGCGUGGAAGAGCCUGUGCGAGAAACAUGCAUAUCGCCGUAUGUCAGAUGACACUCCUUCGACCAAUACCAGGCAGCAACAUUCCUUCAGCACCUCGAUCCCUGACAUCAGUCGCGUCAAAAGUCUGGAUAGAACAACCUCUGCUCCAGUCUUGCCUUCUUCGGCCAUUCGUAGAAGACCUCAAGCCAUGACUUACCGCUCUCACUUCAAGCAAAAAUAUCAGGUCGAAACAGCCUGGAGAACGGGGGGCCAGGUCGACCAAAGACAGAUUACCCCAGAUCAAGGUGUCGUAACCAGUUUGCAUCUCACCGACAAGUACAUCAUUGUCGCUCUGGAUAAUGCAAAGAUACACGUCUUCGACACCGAGGGCAAGCACCUGAGAUGUCUGCAGGGUCACGUCAUGGGCGUGUGGGCAAUGGUACCUUGGGGCGACACUUUGGUGUCAGGUGGCUGCGACAGAGAUGUUCGUGUUUGGAACAUGGCGACCGGCCAACCUAUUCACAUGCUGCGCGGUCAUACUUCUACGGUUCGUUGUCUGAAGAUGUCUAAUGCUACCACAGCCAUUUCUGGCUCUCGCGACACUACUCUUCGCAUCUGGGACAUCGAGAAGGGUAUUUGCAAGCACGUACUCAUGGGUCACCAAGCAAGUGUUCGCUGUCUCGAGAUCCAUGGAGACCUGGUCGUUUCUGGAAGUUACGAUACUACUGCGAGAAUCUGGAGCAUUAGCGAAGGACGAUGCCUCCGGACGUUACAAGGUCACUUCAGUCAGAUCUAUGCAGUCGCCUUCGACGGAAAGCGUGUUGCUACAGGCAGUCUGGAUACUAGCGUCCGUGUCUGGAAUGUUGCGGAUGGCAAAUGCCUGGCAAUCCUCCAAGGACAUACGUCUCUCGUUGGUCAAUUGCAGCUACGCGGUGACACACUCGUGACUGGCGGCAGCGAUGGCAGUGUUAGAGUCUGGUCAUUGCAAUCCUACACACCCAUACAUCGUCUUGCGGCGCACGAUAACAGCGUGACGUCGCUGCAGUUCGACGAGUCGCGCAUCGUAUCUGGUGGAUCCGACGGUCGCGUCAAAGUCUGGGAUCUUCAACGCGGAUGUCUCGUACGAGAGCUCGGACAACCCGCCGAGGCAGUUUGGCGUGUUGUAUUCGAAGAAGAGAAAGCAGUUGUCCUUGCGUCUAGGCAAGGCAAGACAGUCAUGGAGGUCUGGAGCUUUGCUCCACCGGAGGACGUAAUAAGCAGCACAGUGUCGAGCCCUGGUAUCGUC